AUGGAAGUCAGAUCUCGUUGGAAGAUUGAAGUCCCCAACGCCCACCUGGCCACCCUGGUCUUCAAAUCCCCCACUCACCCCAUCUCCAAAACAAAGCCAUGUUUCAUCGACGCCGCCCGACCCGAUACCCAUUUUCUCACCCACGAUGACUUCCGACUUUGGAGCCAACGCUUUGCGGUCGGUCUGCGUAAGUCGGGCAUCAAGACCGGCGACCGAAUCCUGUUUUUCUCUGGAAACAAUCUGUUCUUCCCCGUCGUGUACAUGGGGAUUCUCAUGGCCGGUGGUGUUUUCACCGGUGCAAACCCGGCGUACAUCCCACGGGAGCUGGCCUACCAGUUGAAAGACAGCGGAGCAACGUACCUGAUCUGUGCGGAAAAGAGCAUCGAGACCGGUGUGCAAGCCGCCAAGAUGGCGGGACUCGGCCCCCACCAGGUCUUUCUAUUCAAUGACGCAUUCUACGCAACAAAGGAGCCGGUCGAUUUCUCCAGCCCAGACUAUCGGUAUUGGGGAGAGUUGAUCGGGGAGGAGGAGGAAGGCCGGCGGUUCGCCUGGGACGAGCUCUCCACCGCGGAAUUGGCCAACAGGACCUUGGCCUUGAACUACUCGAGCGGCACCACGGGCGUCCCAAAGGGUGUGGACCUGAGUCACAAGAACAUCAUCGCCAAUAUCUUGCAGUACAACUUCCUGUUCUACCUCCAGAACGACCACCGGGAGCGCAUCGCGCGGGGGAAAUGGCUCUGCCUACUGCCCAUGUACCACGCGAUGGCGCAGAACAUGUUCAUGAGCAUUGCGUUGAUGCGCGGCGUGCCCGUGUACAUCAUGGACAAGUAUGAUUUUGUUAAGUUUUUGCAGGCGAUUGAACGGUUUCGCAUCUCUGACCUCACCUUGGUGCCACCAAUCGUUGUGUCCAUGGUGAAGCGCCCCGAAACCAAACAGCACGAUUUGAGCAGCGUGGAAACCAUUUUCUGUGGGGCGGCGCCGCUUGGAAGGGAGAUUUCCGAGAAGGCGGAAGCCUGUGGCCGGAGGGAAAGAACCACUUCGAUUGUCAUGGCAUGGCACCCUCUAGAUUGGUCGGAUUCGGCAUGCGUGGGCGAGCUCGUUCCCAACUGCGAGGCCAAGGUGAUGGCUGAAGAUGAGGUCACCGAGCUGGGACGCAAUCAACGAGGCGAGCUCUGGGUCCGCGGGCCCAACGUUAUGAAAGGGUAUUGGCGCAAUCCUACCGCAACCAGAGAUACUUUGACAACCGAUGGCUGGCUAAAGUCGGGAGAUAUUGGCUAUGUUGACAAUCAGGGGAAGUGGUAUAUCGUGGAUCGCAAAAAGGAGUUGAUCAAAGUAAAGGGCAACCAAGUUGCACCAGCGGAGCUGGAAGCUCUACUCUUGGAGCACCCUGCUGUGGCCGACGUGGCGGUGAUUGGAGUUCCAUUCAACGAUGACGAACGACCCCGAGCGUAUGUUGUUUUGAAAAAAGAGAUGACUGCCACUGCCGAUGAGAUCGCUACCUUCAUCAACUCCAAGGUUUCUUACAUUAAGCGUGUUUCAGGAGGAGUUGUGUUCCUCGAUGCGAUUCCCAAGAAUCCAUCGGGCAAAAUUCUGCGAAACGUUAUGCGAGAUCAUGCGAGAUCCGAGGUUCUUAAAGCUGGUCCCAACUUAUGA